UACGGUUAGUUGCGUAAUAAAAAUAUUUAUUCAGACAAGUAUUAUUUAAGUAGAUGCUACAAUUAAUAUUGGUUCAAAAUCUGUCGAUAGUUUAGAUAAGUUAGUCUAUGAAAAAUAGAUUUUCAAAAAUUAUUGUUUUUAUAACUGUCGACGUACACAAUACAAAAGAAAUAUGAAUAAAUUCAUCUUAUUUUCGUUGAUUUUCGCGACUACCGUAGCUGUUACUUUGGCUGCACCAAAAGACAAGUCAUUUUUAUCACAGGAAAUAAUGUUGCCAGGCGAGUUAAAAAAGAACGGAGAUACUGUUUCGGCUUCUUUUGGAGAUUUUCAAGCUUCUGCUGGUCUAUCUGAUAAAGGUGCUGUUGCCUCGGCCGGAGGUAGUGGACUAGGUGCCGGUGCUCGUUAUGGUGUGGAUGGAGUUGGAGCUAGUGCUGUAGGGACCAAUGUUAGAAUGCCAGGCAUUGAUAAUAAAGUAAAAUAUGGGUACGGAUAUGGUGUAGAGUCACUAGGGGUUGCUGGACAAAAUGCACAAAGUGGUGUAGUUGGUCAACAAGAUUUCUACAAAAGGAUUUUUUCUAUUCCCAUCGAUGUUUUGCAAUCCGUGAACACAUAUCUUAAUCAAAAACCAACCGCUGUACGCAAAGCUGCAAUUGUUUCUGAUGGCGUCAAUGGCCGUGUAGCAAUGGCUAGCAAUGACCAUGUACAAUCAGGAGUGACAGCUAAUGCAGGACCAGGAUCAAUAGUACAAAAGAACUAUGAUCAAAUAUUUGCUAUUCCUAUAUCAGCUUUAAAGUCAACCCAAAAUCUUUUGCCAGGAGAAAAAAAGAGUUUUAAAUAAAAUACUUUUAUUAUUUUAAUAUUACUUAUAUCAUAUCAGAAGAUAACCGACCACACCAAAAUUUGUUCCCUUGAUCACAAAAUCUGAUGAUUACUAUAAUUAUAAAAUAUUUACAGAUUAAUGAUGAUUACCUAUAGAACAAUGUGUGAAAUUAGAUAUUUUAAAAUGUUGACUUAAAAGUCAAUAAAAUCUGUUGCAAUAUCGUUUAUACAAUUCAUUUAUUAUUAUUAUUAUUUUUUGUUCUUGGUUGGUUGUUAUAAAUUUACUUU